ACGGGCUUGACUUUGCAUGCCAAAUAGACGAGACACAAUGCGCUGUAGGAAGUCUGGUGCUCGUGGUUAGUUGAUGGACCCUAUCAGAUUUCAGUUUCUUUCGCUUGCCAUCCAUUUUAUCUUUUCUUCAGACAGCCCAGGAGCUCCCAGCCAGCCAGGCCUCUCCCUUUGCCCUCAGUUCAGGCACAGCAGGGCCUCCCCACCCCAGGAUGGCACAGGAUGUGACCUACGCUGACCUGCAGUUCGUGAAGACCCCUCCGGAGAGGAGCCAGGAGAAAGGCACAUGGAACCAAGUGGAGCAGAUCCGGAUGCCCCCCUCCGUGACUGACCCCUCGGCUCCUCUUCCAGACCCCGGAGAGGGAGAGCUGACCUAUGAGAACGUCCAGGGACCCCCCUGCCAGGGGGAGAGGACUCCCACUGCCACAGAGGGAACAAAAGAGUCAGACCGUCGGUCUUGGUACGCCAUCCUGGCAUUGUUGGCCGCCUGCCUCUUCCUUCUCACCGCCGCCAUAGGACUGGGGGUCCGAUACUGGCAGGUCUCACGGCAGCUGCAGCAGGCGACUGAAGAUGGCAGUGCCCUGGCACAUAGAAUUGGCUCCCAGGAGGGCAGCCUGGCCCAGACCCAGGCCCAGCUGGAAGAGGCCCAGGAGGAGCUCCACUCCACCAACGGGACCCUCCGGAGCUGCCUGGCUGCUGGGAACCGGACGCAGGAGCAGCUGAGGAAAGCGAACGAGAGCCUGGUGCUCAUGCAGAAGGAGAAGGAUGCAGUUCAGCAGCGUCUGGACCAGACCAUGAAGAGUAUAGAGGACACCAAAUCUUGCCAAAACAUUGGUAUGCCUGUUGCACUCUGCUCAGGAGGCUGGCAAUGUUGA